AACACCCAAAUUCAAUGAAAGUACUGAGCUGCUCUUUUAUUUUUGUUGUGAAGAGUAACGGUUGUGUGGAACCAUCCAUUGUUAUUUUUUGACAAUUUGGUUGAAAGAAACCCAAAUUUCUGAUAUAGAAACAUUUUGAAUAUGGGUCAAAUUUGACCUGAGGACAACGGGAGGAUUAACAUAUUUUGUCUGGUCCUGUCUGUCUGUACUGUGAUGUCUGUAUGAAGGUCAUUGGUCCUGUCUGUCUGUACUGUGAUGUCUGUAUGAAGGUCAUUGGUCCUGUCUGUCUGUACUGUGAUGUCUCUGUAUGAAGGUCAUUGGUCCUGUCUGUCUGUACUGUGAUGUCUCUGUAUGAAGGUCAUUGGUCCUGUCUGUCUGUACUGUGAUGUGUCUGUAUGAAGGUCAUUGGUCCUGUCUGUCUGUACUGUGAUGUCUGUAUGAAGGUCAUUGGUCCUGUCUGUCUGUACUGUGAUGUCUGUAUGAAGGUCAUUGGUCCUGUCUGUCUGUACUGUGAUGUCUGUAUGAAGGUCAUUGGUCCUGUCUGUCUGUACUGUGAUGUGUGUGUGUAUGAAGGUCAUUGGUCCGGUCUGUCUGUACUGUGAUGUCUGUAUGAAGGUCAUUGGUCCUGUCUGUCUGUACUGUGAUGUGUGUGUGUAUGAAGGUCAUUGGUCCGGUCCUGUUUCUGUGGGCUGUGUCGCGGGCGACCCCGAGUCCUACAUCCUGUUCUGUGACUUCUUCGACCGAGUUAUCGAGUCGCAUCACGGACACAAGAUCACCAGCCGGACGCCGGAGAGCGACUUCAACCACGACAACCUGAAGGGGGGCGAUGACUUGGACGGGUCAUACGCUAUACGCUGUGAGGUGAGCGUAGUUCGAGGCGUUGAGGACUUCUGCUUCCCGACACACUGCAGCCGAGGAGAGCGCCGACAGCUCCUCACGCUGGCCAGCAAAGCUCUGCAGCGGCUGGAGGAGGAGGAGGCGUUGCCGGGGCGACUCCUCUUACUGCAGGAUCUGAGCCCGGAGCAGCAGAGGGAGCUGAACCUGAACUCUCCGUCUGCCUCCCAGCUGCGUAUCGGCGUGGCCCGGGACUGGCCCGAUGCCAGGGCCGUCUGGGCGAGUACCGACGGCGGCCUGGUGGUCUGGAUCAACAUGGAGGACCACCUCAGACUGGUGUCCACACGGGACGACGCAAACAUCACAGAGGCGUUUAAACGCCUCUACGUCAACCUGCAGAAGCUGGGCGGGUUUUACCGCGAGCUCAGACACCCGUUCACCUGGAAGCAGCAGCUGGGCUGGGUGAGCAGCUCUCCGGCCGACGUGGGGACGGGGCUGAGGAUCAGAGUCCACCUCAAACUGCAACACCUCCCCCAACACAACCGGCUGCAGGACGUCCUGAAGAGACUGAGGAUCUGCAUGGACACCACAGAAUCCCCGGCGCUGUACGCUGUGAGCAACACGGCGACCUUCGGCCUGAGCGAGGUGGCUCUGACCCAGCUGGUGCUGGACGGGGUCAAACUGCUCAUCGCCAUGGAGAUGAGGCUGGAGGGCGGCGGCGACAUCGAAGAGCUCGUUCCUACGCAGAAGUAGAUCUGGAUGCUGAUUGGCCGGAAACACAAAGUUAAAUAAAUACAUUAUUAUCUAAACAAGUGACAAAAACGUGUGUGUGUGUGUGUGUGUG